CGCAAGUGGGACACGACACUUGGAUAGGUCACACGCCCAGGAUGAUUCUUGGUGCGGGAGCAUAGUAUAACGGAGUCGUCUACAUUGCAAGCUAUUAGUUGUCUUUUCAUGUCGACUAUUCCAUCAUCGGCAAACGAGAAUCGAAGACAAUGUUGUCUUCAAUUGCGGGAUGGGUCGAGGACAAAGCGACAAAUUACUUGAGAACGGGCAUUCAGGCGGGUGGAACGCUUGCGGGGAAUGCAGUCGGCGGAGUUGGCUCUCUGGUUGAAAACGCCGGUAGAACUGCAGGGAACACCGUGAGUGGCAGCAUCGGCGGGGUCGGGAAUACCAUCAACGGGUAUGGCGAUGGCCUCAAGCGAUCGAUGUCUGCCGACGGUCCUGUAUCGAGCGGUGCGCAGAAAAAGACGGCCGUGAAGCCCUCUGCGCCGCAAGCGAAGAAAGGUGGUGCUACGGGGUCUACUAUCGGUCCACAGAAGAAGCCCACUGGGCAACCAAGGCCGCAACAAGCGUUGGCGGGCAAGAGCAAGCAACAGACUACCGCUCGUGGAGGAGUUGCCGUAGCUCAGCCCAGACCCGGCACAACGAAGACCGCAGCGGUGGGUAGAACAUCUGUGGGCGCGUCCAGAUCUCCCCCGAGAGCAGGCCAAAGCCGGGAGCGUCGAGAAUCGCGGCGAGGACUGCGACUCCAGCUGCGAGGAAGCACAGUGGUGCAGAUCCGCUGGGUAUUGGACGGGAUUUUGGGGAUGUCAGCAAGACCAGGCCGAAGACGCAGACGCAGACGGGUGGUGGUAGCAAGGCUGCUCCAGGUCCCGUGAGGAAGGCGACGGCUGGUGAUCCAUUGGCGCUGGGGGAUGAGAUUGGAAAGAUUGGGCGGAAGAGGUGAGGGACACGCUGUGCGAGCGGAUGUUCAUCUUACUGCGGAUUAUGCAAUGCUUGUAUCAAGGUACGAAGGCGCAAGACAGCAUCUAGCCGGCGAUGAUCAUCGCUGGAGCCGAGUCCAGUAGAGUCUGGCGAGGU